AUGAGUAUCGCCUGCGAGACAUGUCGAACCCAGGCUCGGACCGUCCUCCGGGCCGCAAUGCGAGCCGGCGCAUCACGAGCUGCGGCGUCAAACACCAGAAACUUUCUGCCGCCGGUGGCUGUGGCUGCUUCUCCUCGAAGACACUUCAGCAGCACGGGCCAGAGGAGCCUCCUCAAGGGCAUUGGCAAGUCUAUGGCUGAGCCGUAUCGUGUGUUGGGUGCUACGGAGCAGUUGUUCAAGGCUUCGUCCAAGGCGGCUGACUACCAUAUCACGGAGGAGGCGCGCAAGAACGAUCAUGUAGAGCUUGCGAAGGAUGGCGAAGAAGUUGGAGAGUCUCUAUAUCCUGAUAGUGUGUGGCAUCACACCUUCAAACUCCCUCCCACAUUCAGUACCUGGUCCCACGUUACUAUGCUUCACCUCUACCUAAUCAACACCCGAAUACGCUGCUUCGACCGCGAGGGCUUCCAGAACUGGCAGCACCAGCUCACCGACCACUUCUUCUUCGAGUGCGAGAAGAAGAUGCACAUCGAUCACCACAUCACAUCGAGCGCCCUGCGACAGCGAUAUCUCAAGGACAUCUUCGUCCAGUGGCGCGGCCUCCUGCUGGCGUACGACGAGGGUCUCAUCAAGGGCGACGCCAUGCUCGCGAGCGCCAUCUGGCGAAACCUGUUCAAGGGUUCUCCCGAUGCGGACCCCAGGGCUCUGCUUGCUAUUGUUGGGUGGGUGCGGUCGACACUGCAGCAGUUCGAGGCUGUGUCGGACAACAACCUCCCCGCGCAAUUACCAGCCAUCAUGGCUAAGCCGGUGGAUGUGUUCUGGACAAGGUUGGAGAAGCAGCUGGGCGGACAGCAGGAGGAGGAUGUUCCUGCGGUAGAGCCAGUGAAGGAAGCGGCUGCUGUACCAACAGGGGAAACACCCAAGGUGUUAACAAACUAA